AUUCCCAUCUCCGUCUCUCAGCCACCCCUUCUUCUCUGGUCUUUCCACGCCGGCAUCUUCACCGGCGAGAACGUCCGAAGGCCGCAGCCUGAAUAUUUUUCUUUCCCUCUAUCCUCUUUCACCUUUCAUCCUUCUUCUUCUUCUUCCUAGGUCCUCGCGGACUCUCCGCUAAUGGCUCCAGUGUCGCAGAACUCAAAUCUGAAGAAGAAGUUGAACAAGAAGAUUCCAAGAGAGGAGGAAGUUCGUGCGUCCUCCAAAGAGAUCGAAUCUUUCGAAUUCGAUCCAGGCUCCGAGGAGGAGGAUGACCGCAGCCAGUCCUCCGACCCGGAAGACGAAUUAUCCUCUUCGAGUGAUUCUUCCGACGGAGAACCCCUCGCUGACGAUUUCCUCGGAGGCAGCGACGAUAGUGAGGAAAUGGAAGAACUGGGGUCAGAUUCGGAUGAAUCUGAUCUGGAGGCAAAAUCAAGAGCCAUAGAUGAGGCAAAAGCGAGGGCAGAAGAGGAAGCGCAAGAGGAGUUGCAGCUUAAUAUAAAGGGGGAAUCUGAUGAGUUCAUAUUGCCAACGAAAGAGGAACUCGAAGACGAAGCUCAGCAACCGCCCAAUCUUCAGAACAUUCAUCGGAGGAUCAAUGAAAUUGUUCGCGUGCUAUCCAAUUUCAAAAGUCUGAGGCAAGAGGGUGCUUCAAGGAAGGACUAUAUUAAUCAGCUUAAAAUAGAUAUAAUGUCCUAUUAUGGAUACAAUGAAUUUCUAAUUGAAACUUUCAUGGAGAUAUUUCCAGCUGUUGAACUCAUUGAGCUACUUGAGGCUUUUGAAAAGGGCCGACCAGAAUGCUUGCGCACAAAUACUUUAAAGACUCGUAGGCGUGAUCUUGCUGGUGUUCUAAUAAACAGAGGAGUGAAUUUGGAUCCAAUAGGCAAAUGGUCAAAGGUGGGUUUAGUUAUUUAUGAUUCUCAAGUGCCAAUUGGUGCAACUCCCGAGUAUUUGGCAGGACACUACAUGAAACAAGCUGCAAGUUCAUUUUUACCAGUUAUGGCUCUUGCUCCACAAGAAAAGGAGCGAAUAGUUGACAUGGCUGCUGCUCCAGGUGGUAAAAUUACAUAUAUUGCCGCCCUUAUGAAGAAUACAGGAAUAAUUUACGCAAAUGAAUUUAAAGAGAGCAGGUUGAAGUCACUUACAGCUAAUAUACAUCGCAUGGGUGUUACUAAUACAAUAAUUUGUAACUACGAUGGGAAGGAGAUACCAAAGGUUCUUGGACUCAAUUCUGUUGAUAGAGUAUUGCUGGAUGCCCCCUGCACUGGUACUGGGGUUAUAUCUAAAGAGCAAUCUAUUAAAACAUCAAAGACAAUUGAAGAUGUCCAGACUCGUGUUUUCCUGCAAAAGCAACUCAUUUUAGCAGCAAUUGAUCUAGUAGAUGCUAAGUCAAAGACAGGAGGAUACAUAGUAUAUUCAACUUGCUCCAUGUUGGUUCAUGAGAAUGAAGCAAUUAUUGACUAUGCAUUAAAAAAGAGGGACGUAAAAGUUGUGCCAUGUGGCUUGGACUUUGGUCGCCCAGGAUUCAUAAGGUUCAGGGAACACCGAUUUCAUCCAUCUUUGGAGAAAACAAGGAGAUUUUAUCCACAUGUAAAUAACAUGGAAGGAUUUUUUGUUGCUAAGUUGAAAAAGCUAAGCAAUUCCAAACCAGCAACCUCUUUACCUAAUAAAGAGGCAGAAAGAAAAACUGAGGCAGCAGCUAUUACCAAUGAUAAUGAUUCUGAGAUCUUGAAUGGAAACCCAGAGGAGCCAACGAUUACACAAGCAGUUAAGAAAAAUAAAGAAUCUAAUACAGGCAUUAGGAAUGCUGGUAGAUAUGCAGGUAAGAAAAUCAAACCCACAGGUGGUAAAAAGAAUCAUUGGAAAACGCCACCUGCAUCUGUUGAUCAGGCAAAGAAAAAACGGAAGUUUUCAUCUAAUGAAAAAAAUGGCCCCAGGAUCAAGAGAAGGAAGCCUCACCAGAAGGGAGGCUUAGGCAACAUGAAGGAGACGUGAAGUUGUGGUGAAUCGAGUUUCUCAACUCUGCUGGUCAGGUACCAACAAAUGCAGCAUAUGGUCCAAGUUUUGUUUAGAAUGAGGAAUCUGUAAUGAUAGCUUAGAUUAGCUGAAACUCUUAUCGAUAAUUUACUUCUGUUAGCUUUUUACUAAUAUUUAAUUAAAUUUGAAGUUUUUAUAGACUGUUCUAGAACAAUGCAGAACCAGAGUGGUGUCUGGGGUGCCUUGUACGUGCUGUAAUAAUAUAUGCUUUUAUCAUCUAGCACAUCCAUGGGCAACUGAGUGCGAGGGGCGCUCGGAAGUAAUCCGGAUGUCUGGAAGUGCACUUAGUUGCCUACGGGUGUCUCGCACUGUAGGUGUGCACGGUAUCAAAUCCAUACAAUAGAAAUGAGAUGAAUAAUAGAUUCCUUUGCAUUUCGUUA